CUGGGGAAGUAAAAAAGAAAAAAAUCCUGCCUGAGCUGGUUUGUUUUGGAUGCUGCGCUCGUUAUCAAGAAUCGCAUCCUGCGGGGAGUUUGAAGUGAUGUUGAACAGAUUUGUGCACGGGGACAGAGCUGUUCCUCGGCGUGACCAACUCUUUAAAAGCAUUCAUUAGAGUCCGGCUCCCUUUCAACGCGAUUCUCCACACAGCUUACCCGGCUUAUACUCUCACCCAUAGACAGCCACAGAUGCAUGUGAAAAAAUAUAUAUAUUGCGCUCAAAAACAGCCACCACAAAGUGCCUGUGCAUGAAGAAGAAGGGGAGUCAGCUGCCACUUGAAACGGACUGGAUACAGUAAAAGCUCGUGGCAUGCAUACACACUAAUGCCAAGGCAUCCAGAGCUUCAUACAGCAGGAGUGAGUGGUGGCAGCUGCUUAUGUCUGGGUUGUAUAUCAAAAGUGUGCCUAUCCAGGAUUUUUAAGGUGGUGGGGACACUGCUGGUGAUUGAGGUGACUUGUCUUGUCUAAUGAGGAUUUAGUCUGUCUCCACGCAGUCUGAGGAGAACAGACCCGAAGCGAGAAACUCGUAAACCUUCCUGUGGUUUUUUACAGCAAUGAAAAACGGCAGGGUAAGCUGUUUGAAUGAAUGUUUUCUUCUCUAGUUUAUUUUCUGUCCAUUGUAGGGGCAUGCUCUAAAAAAAAAAAAAAAGAAGAGGGGAGAGUGAACCCCACAGGGCGGGGUUUUCUUUCUUUUUUUACCCCCUACUUUCCUUUUCCUCCCCUCUUGCGCCUCCUUCUCCUCUUCUCUGGAGUUGUUUGAGUGGCCACCAGCCCAGCUUUUGAUUUAAGAAGCGUUUGUCUUUUCCCGGGAUGUGAAAAAAGAAAGGGGGGCCGUGGCUGAUGUACAACUAGUUGGUUUGAGGCGGGUUAUUUUGGGCAAGUCUGUGUGCAGAGGCACCUCAAACGGAGAGAGGGAGCGGAGGAGAGCGCACGGCGCACAGACCAGACGCAGGGAAAGAGAGAGGGAGAAAAGCGCACAGAUUUCAGUGGCAUUCAGAUGGUUCUCCCGCACACUGGAUGCACAUACAGAUCUGUAUGACGAGGAAGGACAGAUAGACGAGAAUUUGGAUGUUUUUAUGGAAAUGAAAGCAACUUGUGCGAGCUUACAUUGAAGAUUUGAAUGUUUUUCUCCUCAUCGCUGCGCGGACAGAGACAUGCAGAUUGAAGGAGCACAGCAUUUACUAAGUUAAAACUGGGAUUGACCAGCAUUUUGGAGCUAUUUUUUUGGAUCUGUUUUUGGCUUCUGCAAGACAAAUGCAACCAGGAAAAAUGAAAGGACUAUUUUUGACAAGAAUGUGGAAAGUUGUGGCUGUUUUGGCGCUGGCGACACAACACGUCUCCGGUAAGACGUUAAAAUAUCAGAUUCACGAGGAGCAGAAGGUUGGCACGGUUAUUGCCCGUUUGAAAGAUGAUGUUGCGGAUGUUUUGGCGAAACUUCCGAGCUCGGUGUCGCUCCGCUUCAGAGCCAUGCAACGAGGGGGAUCGUCGUUUCUCUCGGUGCGCGAGCAGGACGGAGAAAUCAGCAUCAGGACCAAAAUCGACCGAGAGAAACUCUGCGAGAAGAAUCUCAACUGUUCUAUUCAAUUCGACGUGCUGACGCUCCCCACGGAGCACCUGCAGCUGUUUCACGUCGAGGUGGAAGUGUUGGACAUCAACGAUAACGCACCCCAGUUCGCCCGUGCCGUCAUCCCCAUUGAGAUCUCCGAGAGCGCGGCUGUGGGAGCGCGCAUUCCCCUGGACAGCGCCACGGACCCCGACGUCGGGGAGAACUCCCUUUACUCGUACGCCUUAGAGCCCAACAACUUCUUCAAGAUCGACAUCCAGUCCAGGACGGACGGGGCUAAAUACGCAGAGCUGGUGGUGCUCAGGGAGCUGGACCGGGAGGUGCGCUCCGGUUAUGAACUUCAGUACACGGCCUCUGACAGGGGCGUUCCCCCGAGGACGGGUUCGACCCUCCUCAAAAUCAGUGUCACCGACUCAAACGACAACAGCCCGAUUUUUGACAAGUCGUCAUAUGUCAUUAACCUGCCUGAAAACGCACCUGUUGGCACCCUGAUCAUUGACUUAAACGCAACUGACGCAGAUGACGGCACCAACGCCAGAAUAGUCUACUCAUUCAGCAGUCACGUGUCCCCCAAAAUAAUGGAGACGUUCAAGAUUAACCCCGACAGCGGGCGCCUGACCCUCAUCAGGCGUGUGGACUAUGAGGCUGUUAACUCUUACGACAUUGAUGUCCAAGCGCAGGACAUGGGUCCCAACUCUAUGCCAGCCCACUGCAAGAUCCUGGUCAAAGUGGUAGAUGUGAACGACAAUAAACCAGAUAUAAGCAUCAAUCUGAUGUCCUCGCAGGGGAACGGGGACGCAGCCUAUAUAUCAGAGGCGUCUCCUUUGGACACGUUUGUGGCUUUGGUGCGGGUGGAGGACUUGGACUCUGGGUUGAAUGGAGAGGUAGAGUGUAAACUUCAUGGUCAAGGAUACUUCAAACUGCAGAAGUCGUACGAGAACAACUACAUGAUUUUGACUAACGUGUCUCUGGAUCGAGAGAAAAGGUCAGAGUUCAGUCUGACGGUGGUGGCGGAGGACCGGGGGACUCCCAGUCUCUCCACCGUCAAACAUUUCACCGUGCACGUGACGGAUGAAAACGACAACCCGCCACGUUUCGAGAAGGGGCAAUAUGAGAUCUUUAAAUCGGAGAACAAUGCCCCUGGAGCGUACCUGACCUCCAUCAUGGCCACUGAUCCUGAUCUGGACGCCAAUGGGCAGGUGAGUUACUCCAUCUUGGAGAACUCAGUUCACGGGAGCUCCAUCUCCACCUACGUCACCAUUGACCCCUCCAAUGGCGCCAUUUACGCCCUUCGUACAUUCGAUCGUGAGGACGUUAGCCGCAUCUCCUUUGUCGUGCAAGCUAAAGAUGCGGGGAAACCCCCGAUGGUCAGCAACGCCACUGUUGUUCUGAACAUCCUGGAUGAGAACGACAACCCUCCGGUCAUCGUGGUCCCCCAGCUGUGGAACUUCACCGCCGAUGUCCCCGCGUCAAAGUUCACAGAGGCCGGACACUUGGUGACCAUGAUCAGGGCGACGGACCGCGACACGGGGGUCAACGCUGAGCUCAUCUGCUCCAUCGUGAGUGGCAACGAGGAGGGCUUCUUCAUCAUUGACCCAAGAACGUGUGAAAUCCACGCCAACACCAGUUUGGAGAACUUCCCCCAUGACCACGUGGAGUUGACCGUCGUGGUCAGAGAUCAGGGGCGGGAGAGCCUCAGCGCUAAGGCGGCGCUUAAAAUCACCCUCUAUGAGAACAUGGAGAACCACGUCCAGGUGAUGGACCCGGGGGAGUCUUCCCUCGACACAUCCCUGAUUAUCAUCUCCCUGGGGGCCAUCUGCAUUCUGCUCCUGAUCGUCAUGGUGGUGUUCGCUGCUCGCUGUAACCGUGAGAAAAAGGACACGAGGCACUCCUACAACUGCCGGGUGGCGGAAUCGACCCACCAGCACCACCCCAAGAAGCCGUCGCGCCAGAUCCACAAAGGGGACAUCACCCUGGUUCCCACGGUGAACGGCACCCUGCCAAUCAGAGCCCACCACCGCUCGCCGUCCGCCACGCCCCCCAUGGAUCGAGCCCAGAUGGGGAGCCGGCAGAAUCACCACAGCCGCCAAUCACUAAACAGCCUAGUGACCAUCUCGUCCAAUCACAUUCCAGAGAGCUUCGCCCUGGAACUGGCGCACGCAACUCCACCAGUGGAGCAAGUCUCACAGCUUCUGUCCAUGCUCCAUCAGGGCCAGUACCAGCCCAGACCCAGUUUCCGUGGCAACAAAUACUCCCGCAGCUACAGAUAUGCAUUACAAGACAUGGACAAGUUCAGCCUGAAGGACAGUGGCCGUGGGGACAGCGAGGCGGGGGACAGUGACUGUGACAUGGGUCGGGAAUCCCCCGUGGACAGACUGCUGCUGGGGGAGGGUUUUUCUGACCUGAUACACCUCGAAAUGCACCAUCGACUCCACCCAGCUAUGAGACUGUGCACAGAUGAAUGUCUCGUCCUGGGACACUCGGACCGGUGCUGGAUGCCCCCCCUCUCGUCGCCCGCUUCCUCCGACUACCGCAACAACAUGUACAUCCCGGGGGAGGAGUCCUCGCAGCAGCAGCAGCCGCCCCAAAUCGACGACGACGAGUCCUCGGUUGACUCGGAGCGCCGCAAGAGCUUCUCCACUUUUGGCAAGGAGCCUGGGAGCGAAGAGGCCGCAGCCGGGGGAGUCGUCGUCGCCGGCGGAGGAGGAGGAGGAGGAGGAGGAGGAGGAGGUGCAGGGAGCGACGCUUGUGCUGCUGGAGGAGGGGCUGGCUCCCUCCUCACAGAGAUGAACUCUGUUUUCCAGCGGCUCCUACCCCCUAAUAUGGACUCGUACACAGAGUGCACUGAAACAAGCCCACCCUCGUCUUCCUCGGCCGCUGAGAGGGGAAGCGGGCGCGGUGCGGGUGGCAACAACGCCGUUCCCCAGGACAACCGGAGAGGGUUGUUGCCAGGUGGGAAAGGCCCCGCCUACCCCCCAGGUGUGGCUGCAUGGGCGGCAAACACCCACUACCUAAACCCUGGAAGUGGAUCUGUAGGAAACAAUCACGUCUCUAACCCUCCGACCUCGUCCUCCACCUCCACGUCCACCACUAACGGACAGCCGCCACAUCUCAAAUGGCUGCCAGCCAUGGAGGAGAUCCCGGAGAAUUACGAGGAGGACGACUUCGAUGGCGUCUUCCACCAGGGCGGGAAGCGGAGCGAGAGCCGCCACGAGGCCGGCAUGGACGCUAGCGAGCUGGUUCACGAGAUCAACAAACUGCUGCAGGACGUCAGACAGAACUAAACGAGGGGGAAGCGGGAAAAAAAAGAAGGCAUAGCAUGGUUUCACAUUUCACCACAUUCUGGCAAAUGCUUGUUCUUUGUGCCAACGUAUAUAAACUUUAUGAUGACAGUUUUCUCGUUCACUGUAAUGCUUGUCUUGUUUAUUUUACCAAAUAUCCUCUCGGUGCUGAGAGAGACUCGCAGAGAGAGAACAAUAAAACACGGCACUGAAGUUGUGAUUGAGGUGACUUAAAGGCAUCAAAGCGAGCGCACCAAGAACAGAUUGCUCAUUUGUUAUUACCGUCUCGGAAAAGUUGCUUGAAUGAGUGAUUUCAAACGGAAAUCCACCAACAAAAACUGUACCCUUUCUUCAUUUGUAAUGUUUACAGCAGCGUGAACAGACUCCACAGGGAGGAACCAACAGUUGUGUGAUCUAAUUUCUGCUUUACAGUGUACAAUAUUGUACAGCGUCUGUAGAAAAAGGCAAAAAUCACUUGAAUAUUGUGCUAUGUCUCCUGUUUUGUUAUUAUGGAAUGUAACUGUACAAUUUGACCUUUGUAUUUUAAAAAUACACUCUUUUUUACUUCUAUAUAUUUAUAUGUGUCCAUGUAUGUUUGUACAGAAAAAGAAAACAAAUGUCUAUUUUUUAUAUUUGUCACUGCAUGUCUUAAUAUCACUUAAUGUGUCUCUUCUCCUCUGCCCUGUUUAUUUUAUAAAACUACUGUAUUUAAUUUUGGUAUUGAAUGUGUGUGUGCGUAUUAAAAAUAAUCACAUUCCAAUGCAGUUCCAUGUUGGAAGUCGGUUUUGUAUGGUAACAUUGUGACCAUUGGAUAAUAAAUAAAGUGGAGGGAUUCAUAA